AUGGCAGUAUCUAAAUACCUGAGAAAGGACCUGGGACUAGAAGGAACGUUCCUCAAUGAAGUGCUCUACAAAAAUGCAACUUUCCUCAACUUGGUGGAUCCCAUCUCCCAUGACUUGCUGAUGAACCUCGCUCGAGAUCUGCAGUGUCCCAAAAAGGAAUAUGACCCCUGGAAAUCCUCGGACAGGAUCUGCAGACAGCUGAUUUACCACCUAACCCCCCACUCGAAAUGGCACCGUCACGGCAUGCCCCGGAGGAAGUCCCAAGUGUGUCUGAAGACCAGCCUGCAGAAGAAGGUGAGCCAGGACUCCAUGGAUUUGUCAGGGAUCCCCCUGACCAUGCGGGAUGUCCACCGCAUGGCCUACUACCUGCAGAACAACGGGGACCACCUCACCUCUGUGGACCUGAGCUUCACUGAGCUGAAUGAUGACAUGGUGCGCCUGCUGCUGCCCUUCCUCUGGGCGCUACCCAAGCUCACUCACCUUUCCCUCAAUGGCAACCGACUGACACGGGCAACCAUGAAAGAGCUGACUGACACCAUGAAGGACAUGAACAAGUUCCCUUGCCUGGCCUGGGUUGACCUCGGCAACAACGUGGACGUCUCCUCCAUGCCGCAGCCGUUGCUCGUGGGCCUGCGCAAGCGCCUCAGCCAGCAGACCACGCUGCCUACCAUCUAUGAGGCGCUUGACUGCGACUCGGAGAUCUCCGGCGGGCACGAGGGCAGCCAGCCAGAGGAUGAAGCAGCAGGAAGCACCCCGCCACGUGCUUUUUCUCAGCAGGGCUGCGAGAGGUGACUGGACAACAGGCCGGCGCUGGCACACUGAAGCCGCCCCGAGGAGAAGUCUUGAGUACAAACAUCAAGCAGAGGGCCAGCUUUACCGGCUUCCUUUGGCUCUUUUCUCUCGCCUUCCCUGACAUCUCCCCC